GGCUCUAAGCACAAACAAAAUAACUAUAUUUUCCAAAUCCCAAACCCCUUGAAGUGAGGGAUUGAUGUAGUUACUCCUUAUGAGUAGGGUUACUACAACCGAAAUUUAUAGUCAACUUCCUGGCUUAACUUGGAGCGUAUUUCCCUGUAUCUGAGAUUAAAUAUCUGAUAAGAUUACUCCACCAAGACUUGCUCAAGUAACGCAUUCCCUAAGGUAGUGUUGCAAUCUUAUCAGCUGCAGGUCCUAUUGGCCCUUUCAUCGCUAGGCCCUACAAGCUAUGCCUCAAUUGAACAGUAGCACGCGACCCGUUCACCAAGCACCAACCCGUGGUAAGAAUGAUGCGUAAACUCUACACCAUCUCCAAGAUGAUCCAGUACGAGCACACGUGGAUCGUUGAACCGAGCGCAUUCGAAGCACACUGUCCGCGUUGUGAGGUGCUGACCGGUGCUACCAAAUGGGAACUCAACUGCUGUACGGCCGGUGUGCAAAGUGCAGGCGAUUAUGCGUAUUGUAGCAAGUGUGACGGUCCCUACGUGAAGCUCCUUUCCGACGAGAGUCAAGGUGUGAUUAUUGCAGUGCAUGAGGUAGGUAUGGGUCGGAGAGUGUUCCUCGAAAGAGAUACAUACACGCUGGAGCCGGCUGAUAAGCUUUCUUUGAUGGUAAAAGUCAGCACCCGUCUUAUGAAGCACGACUAAAGUAGCAUGGACUGCAAAAGCUCAGCGAUAGAUGCCGCGUAGCACAACAAAU